AUGCAACCUGGUGGCGUGUUAGUCUUUGGAUGCUCAGAUGAGUUGGUGAACUCAGGCCUGAAAGCCGACGAAAGGGCAAUCACAGCACAGGGAGUACCCGUUAUAACAGUUUCUGCUGGCUCAGCUAUACGAAAUGGAGAGGAGCCUGUAGAUAAUACUGCAACAGCGCUCGAAGCCCUUAUAAAUGAGACAGGUGAUGCUCUUCGCAAGAUAGACUGCAAAGUGGUCAAGAUCGGAGCUUUGUUUUCUGCAGAGUCAAUCAGAAUUGUGGCCAGAACUUUACAGCAAAGUGAACAUUUAAUGACAGUUCUGGAUGCUGAACCAUUCUUCAAAACAGGCCCUGCCCCAAAACAAGAAGCAGUUACGGCACUCAGGAAAGAAAUACUUCCAUCAGUAAAGGUCCUUUCUGCAACAGUUCCUGAAGUCAAAGCACUGUUGGAUGAGGCCGGCAUCCCGGUCGACUAUCCAAAAAGUAUUCAGGACGUUCAAUCAAUGGCAAAUACCCUACGAAAUUUAGGGCCCGAGUAUGUUAUUAUUAAAAGAGAGAUGUUUGAGGAGACCGAUGGGAUGACGACAUUGCAUUUUGUUUUGUGCGGCGGUGAAGAGCCUCUUAUAGUGGCAUCUCGUUUUGAGAACCCCAAAAAGCUGUUUGGAGCAAGUUAUUCCAUCCCUCCGGUGAUCGCGGCACACUUAGCUAAAGGAUAUGGAACUCAAGAAGCUGUAUCUGCAAGCUUCAAGUUUGUCGAAGAGAUGAUUAAAGGAGGGGAUUAUUUUAGCUGA